GGCGGAAGGCCAAAAAAGGGCAUUGAGGGAAUUGGGUUGCGCCAAUAAGUAGCCUCUUUGCUUUUGGGUUUCUUACCCAAAUUAUGAGAAAACUGUUUUUAUCUCAAAAUAUCGUUAGAAAAGAAAGUCCCAGCGCUCGGAGGCUUAGCUGACAGGAGGGAAAAGGUGCGUGGCUGCGAGUCUCAGAACUACUGAGGCCCCGACACCAGUGUUGGCCCCAGCGCCCCAGCGCCCCACGAGUGCACGAUUCCUCCCCGGUAGGUAACGCGGAAGAAUCGGACGGGUGGCGGCCUCAGGGCACAGCAUGGGGCAGCCCAGACGUGCAGGAGCUCGGCGACCGAAAACCAGAAGGGCCGUACGUUGAAGACGUAGGUCUGCAGUCUCACCACCCAGGCUGAGGACUAUGAGAGAUUGCUGCAAGUUCAAGGCCAGCCUGGGCUCCAGAGUGAGUGCCAGGCCGGGCUGGACCACAGAAUGAGCUCCAGGCCAGCCUGGGUUAUGCCCAAGCAUGGGAACCCCGAAACCGCGGAUCUUGCCCUGGCUUGUGUCGCAGCUGGACCUGGGGCAAUUGGAAGGCGUGGCCUGGCUGGACGAGAGCCGCACUCGGUUCCGGAUCCCAUGGAAGCAUGGCCUGCGGCAGGACGCCCAGAUGGCUGACUUUGGCAUCUUUCAGGCCUGGGCUGAAGCCAGUGGUGCCUACAUCCCAGGGAAGGAUAAGCCCGACCUGUCAACCUGGAAGAGGAAUUUCAGGUCAGCCCUGAACCGGAAAGAAGUGUUGCGACUAGCCGAUGACCAGAGCAAGGACCCUUUUGACCCUCAUAAAGUGUAUGAGUUUGUGACCCCAGCAGCAAGGGACUUUGCACAUCUGGACACCUCUCCUGAUCCCAAUGGCAAAAGCAGUCUAUCUGAUCUCCAGGAAGACCUCCCGGAAUUUCUGGGUAACAUGGUCUUGGAACCUCUCCCAGAUGAAGGGUCUUCGGGCCUGGCUAUUGCUCCUGAUCACUCUCAACUACUACUAAGCCCAAAUCUGGACAACCUCCCAAACCUGGCACCCCAGGAAAAUCCACUGAGGCAGCUGCUAGCUGAGGAACAAUGGGAGUUCGAAGUGACCGCUUUCUAUCGGGGCCGGCAGGUCUUCCAGCAGACACUCUUUUGCCCAGGGGGCCUGCGGCUGGUGGGCACCACAGCUGAUAAUAGGACACAGCCCGGACAGCCAGUCACCCUGCCAGACCCUGAGGGGUUUCUGACGGACAGGCUUGUGAGAGAGUAUGUGAGCCAAGUACUCAAGGGGCUGGGCAAGGGGCUGUUUCUGUGGCGGUCAGGGCAGUGUCUCCGGGCCCAGCGUCUGGGGCACUCCCGUUCCUUCUGGGCUCUGGGUGACGAGCUGCUUCCAGACAGUGGGCGAGGGCCUGAUGGAGAGGUUCCCAAAGACCAGGACGGAGGUGUGUUCGACCUUGGGCCCUUUGUGACAGAUCUGAUUGCCUUCAUGGAAGGAAGUGGACACUCCCCACGCUACACUCUGUGGUUCUGUGUAGGGGAGUCGUGGCCCCAGGACCAGCCGUGGGUCAAGAGACUGGUGAUGGUCAAGGUUGUUCCCACGUGUCUUAAGGAGCUGUUAGAGAUGGCUCGGGAAGGGGGAGCCUCCUCACUGAGAACUGUGGAUUUGCACAUCUCCAACAGCCAGCCUAUCUCCUUCACUUCUGACCAGUACAAGGCCUACCUCCAGGACUUGGUGGAGGGCAUGGACUUCUAGGCCACCAGAGACACCUGAGCCCUGCCCAGCUGCCACAAUAAAGCAGUUUAUGCUACCAUCA